GUGUGGAGCCGAACGCGCAAGCAAGUGGAAAAAAAACUUAAACAGUCUUUUUGCAGGGAAAGUAAAACAAGAUGUCAAAAGAAGAGAAGCCAGAAAAACGGAAACGGUCCAUUAAGAAAGAAAACCCAGAACAAAAAAGGAUUAAACAAGAAUCAGGUUCAAAGGAAUCCAAAUUGACAACGAGUCUGUUUUAUUCUGAAGAAGCUGAAGUAGACACAAGAUCUCCUGAAAAAGAUGUUGAGGUUUUUAAAUCCACAUGUUCAGACAUUCGACAGACCAUGCUUGAUAUCAAGUCACUUAAAGAUAAGAAAGCUUCACAUGAUGAAUUGGAAGACAAGAGAGUCAGUGUCAUGUUAGAUUUCAUGAAUUUGAAGAAACUGAAUCGCCUGGCACAUAUUCGCUGUAAAAAAGUCAGGGAACAGACCAAUGAUGCCAAACAGAGAAUUGACCAUUAUCAUCUACAAUUACAGAACCUCUUGUAUGAGAUAAUGCAUCUGGAAAAGGAGAUUACAAAAUGCUUAGAAUUCAAAUCAAAAGAUGAGGAAAUAGAGUUAGUGACAUUGGAUGAUUUUUACAAGACGGCUCCGUCGGACAUUUCUCGUACAGAUACCACAAAAACAGAUCCCCAUCUACAGAGAUUGGCCAGAUUGGAAUGGGAGCUAGAACAGAGAAAACAACUCGCCAAGAAAUUGAAGGAUUCUAAGCAAAGCAAAGAGGGCCUUGCACAGGAAAUAAAGAAUAAACAAGAGUAUCUUGAAAACUUGCAGCCGAAACUGAAGACAGUUUUAGAGGCCACCAAGCCAGUACAGGAGUACCUGGACAUGCCUUUUGAUCAGAUCCGAGAGCAGCAGGAAACAGCCCGACAUCUUCCACCCCCUCUCUAUGUUCUGUACAUGCAGACAUCAGCAUACAGACAAGCUUGUGACAAAGACCUUCAGGUUAGCAUCAUAGGAGACCUUGAUGCAGCUAAAGCUAUCAAAUCAAGUGGAAAGGUUGUAGAGGAAGACAGCGACAGUGAUCAAGAAGAGCAGGAGCACUCCAAGAAAUCGAAAAGGAGAAGGAAGACUGUGGAUAGUCGUGUACAAGAACGCAAACAGCAGGCUCUGAAGAAGCAUCCUCUGGCUGUGAAACUGGACAUCAACUGUAAAGAUGGUAACAGUUUGCACUUGACCUUCAACUUCCUGAUCACCUUGGAGAUCAUCACUGUCAACAUCAGCCUCACUCUGGCAGAGAGCAACAUUUCCUCCAUCUCGGGAAGUGUUUCAGAGUCCAAUGUCACUCUAAGUGACCUUUUGGCGCCCGAGUCAGUUCUUACAGAUCUCUACCCUGGUGAUCAUGGUAAAACGUCCCCUAAUCCAGCAAACAAGUACGAGCUCAGGAAACUUGGUCUAAAAGACUUUACCAGCUACAUCACAGAGGUUGGAUGGCCAUAUCUAUGGGCUCAGUGGUUGGGUGGUCUGCAGUUCUUGGAAAACAAUGCCGUGAAUACGCCGGAGGAGGAUGUCAGCUUUGCUCACAUGCAGCAGACGAUCAGACGCUUGAAACAGAGGGUCAGAUCUAGACUCUGUCUGAUGAAGCAGACGGCAGCAUUUGAGACUGGCAAUGUGGUGGUGGAUCCAGAAUACCAGGGCCUAUUUCCCAGCAAGAUUGUGUCCCGGCUGACGUCGUGGAAACGGUCAACCUAUGAAGACUUUGCCGUUCUUCCACACGCACAAGCUCUGGUGGAUGACGAGGUCAUAGAACAGUCGGACAUUUUCUUCACGGCUGUCAUUGAAAGGGGAUCAGCCAAGAUGACAGCCCAGAUUGUUAUGACUCACGACUAUCCAAAAGUUGCCCCAGUGUUUGUAGUGUCUGUGCUAUGGCAGCACGAGAGAACAGCUGCAAACGACAAACACAUCAAAGAAAUGGAGGAGGAGGUGAAUGUUCACCAUGAGGAGUUAAUGAAUUCAAAGUCAUGUGACACCGUACUAUCCAAUCAGAUGCAGAGAUUGCUAAUGUGCUUUGACAUAUAUCUGGAAACUGAGGCAGCUGGGUCAGAAGAGGAAGGUCCCAUGGAGAUAUCUAAGGAGAAAAUAUACAACCGAAUGCUCAGAGGGCCUAGUAGGAGCAAACCGUACAGAUACUGUCCAGACAUUGGAAUCUUCACUCACAGAUAGACUUUUAUCAAGUUUCAAUAUCAUAAUAAUCAAAGAUCUGUUUCAUCAAUAAUAUAAAUGUAAUUGCUCUAUCGGAUAAUGUCAUGUAUGUUUCACUUAUUGGUGGCUUAAACAAAAAUAAAAUCAUGUCACAAGG